AUGGACGCCUACUGCAAGGAAGUCCACAAGCUAGAGAAUAAGUUCUCAGGAUUGGAGUUUCACCAUGUCAUCCACAACAACAACGUAGCUACUGAUGUGCUAUCAAAAAUGGGUUCAACUCGUGCAGAAGUUCUAGCCGGCAUUUUGGCACACGAGCUUCGCAAGCCCUCCAUACCAGAACAAGCUACUCCAGCAAUUACCAACACCAAACCUCCAGAACCCAACCGAGAGAUCAUGAUGAUCGAAGUUGACUGGGGAUCACCAUUCAUCUACUACGUCAAAGAACAAAAUCUACCAUCUGACAAAAACCAAGCUGAACAAGUCUCGUGA